AUGCAUUAUGUGCAAAAAUAUUUGGAUAAAUUGCAAGCACCGAAGUUAAAUAACACAUCUUUAAGUAAUGGAUACAAAACAAAUAUAUUUUUAUAUUGCAAUUAUUACAGCUUUUACUCUCAAAAGGUUUUGAUGGCACUAUACGAAAAAAAUAUAGACUUCGAACCAAUAGUUAUAGAUAUAACUAAAGGUGAACAGUAUUCUCCAUGGUUUCUGGAACUCAAUCCUCGGGGAGAAAUCCCAGUUCUUAAAGUAAACAAAUCCAUUAUUCCGGAUUCUACCAGAAUUUUAGAUUACUUGGAGAUGUACCUGGAUCAAGAGAGUCCACCAUUAUUGGAGGUUUCUCAAGAUCCGAAAGUUAUGAUGAACAUUGUUAAGUUUCGGGAACUUAUUGAAGCCUUGCCUGCUGGUGUGAUUACUGUGGGAUCAUUCUUCCAUCCACAUCUUGCCGGACGGCCGAAAUUACCAUUCAUUUUGCCAGUUCGAGAAGUGCUUAAAAGUGGCGAUUUAAGUAAUUCCAAAAAUCUGAGAAGAUUGGCUGAAGAAAAUCCAAAAGCCAAGAGUGUCCUUCUAUACAAAGCAGAGAUACAGGAUCGAAAACAAGAAAUACUUACUAAUGAAGAAGAAUAUCUUAAAAUCAUUAAUAUAGUUGACGAUGUACUCCAACAAGUUGAGGAGCAAUUGAAAAAACAAAAUGAUGAUAGUUGGCUUUGUUGUGAUAAAUUUAGUGUUGCUGAUAUUAAUUUGGCUGUGCUUUUACAACGUUUAUGGGAGUUGGGGCUAGAUGAGCGCUUUUGGGCAUUCGGUAAACGCCCCUACAUCGAGAAUUACUUUGCUCGUGUCAAACAACGAGAUUCAUUCCAAAAGACCAUUCCUGGUCUACCGGUCCAUGUUAAAAUGAUUAUAACAUCACAACCGCCUAUAUAUGUUGCUUCAGCGGGAAUUGUGUCCAUUUCUCUUGUGAUUACAUUGGCAUAUCUUUUUAAAAAACUAAUAUGGUAA